UUAUAGGGUUACCGUGAUAGAUUCAUGCAGGCUGCUAAAACAAACCAACUCUAGUUCUUUAAAAAAAAUAAAAUGACCGUGCAAUAUUUUACACAAUACUUCUAACCGCAACUUUCUCUUCCUGACAUCGGCAUUUUCCUAUUUAAAAACAACACAGUUGUUUUCUUGAUUUUUAAAUUUGAGCUUAAUUUUUGAUAGCUCAUAUUUACAAUUAUGAGUUCAAUCGGUACUGGUUAUGAUUUAUCUGCUUCUCAAUUUUCUCCCGAUGGCCGUGUUUUCCAAGUUGAAUACGCUCAAAAAGCAGUAGAGAAUAGUGGAACAGCUAUUGGUCUGAGAGGUAAAGAUGGUAUUGUUUUCGCCGUCGAGAAGCUCGUCACUUCGAAAUUAUACGAGCCUGGUGCAAAUAAACGAAUUUUCACCGUAGACAGACAUGUCGGUGUAGCUGUAGCUGGUUUGAUUGCAGAUGCAAGACAAAUUGUAGAAACCGCAAGGUCUGAAGCUUCUUCAUAUAGAUCCGACUUUCACGAUGCUAUUCCUCUUAGUUAUCUCAAAAAUCGUGUUGCUAUGUAUAUGCAUGCGUACACAUUGUACAGUGCCUUCCGUCCAUUUGGAUGUAGUGUGAUAAUGGGGGCCUACGAAUUUGAUGGGCCGCAAAUGUUUUGUAUCGAUCCUUCAGGUACAUCUUGGGGAUAUUAUGGUUGUGCUAUUGGGAAAGCCAAGCAAGCUGCAAAAACAGAGAUAGAAAAGCUUACCAACAUGAAAGAUAAGACCUGCGAAGAAUUAAUAAAAGAAGCUGCUAGAAUAAUCUAUGUUGUGCACGAUGAUGUGAAGGAUAAAAGUUUUGAGCUCGAACUAAGCUGGGUAGGUGACAUCUCGAACCGCAAACACCAGUUUGUGCCACAAAAGGUUUUUGAAGAAGCUGAAGCUUAUGCUAAAAAGUCUAUUGAAGAUAAUGACUCUGAAGAAGAAAGUAUUUAAUUACAUUUAAAUGAAAUUGUUAUGUUAAAUUCCGCUAUUGUCAUCAAUUCAUGUAACUUAAUUUUGCAAUAAUAAUAAUAUCAGAAAUUUUUCUUAA